AGCGUCAUGAAGGGCGCCGCAGCUAUAUAGCGGCCGGCCUGCCCACAUUUGUGAUCGGUUUGUGUUUUGUAAAGCUAUGCCGCUAUGAAUACUUGUUUAGCUCCCUGAAUAAGUUGAAAUUUUACCUUUAAUCAUUGUUAAUGAGAAGCGCUGUAUUGCUGCUGUUGUGUCCGUGUAUUGUGGCAAUACUGAUCCAUGCCUGGUUGAUACUGUACAGACCGUCUGGUGGGUCCUCCAGGGAUCCAGCAGGUGGGCUUUCGGCCGAUGUGCUGGUGGGGAUUCUUUCGGCGCGACACCACUAUGAUCUCAGGGAGGCGAUAAGGGAGACCUGGAUGGGGUAUCUCCGGGACCAGCACUACUUCAGACACAGAGUGGAGGUGAAGUUCAUUGUAGGUCGGCAUGGCUGUCACAUACCAGAGGAGGACAAGGAAGACCCAUACUCCUGUACCCUGCUGAACCUGACAGAACCAGCAGCACAUGUGGCUGGACAAGAGGUGGAGAUUGUCAGCAAGCUCCAGGCACCUGUCCUGAGCCCCUCUGAUGUGCCGGUGAUCAGCUUCGACUUCAAGGUUCUGCAUCCCGUCGUGAUCACCCAGUUAGGGGUGUUCCCCAGGGGCCCAAACUGGGGACUCCCUGGGAACCUGUCAGUCACGCUCUUCCCACUGGAUCAGGAGGAGCCAGUGAUAAGUGUCCAAUUCAGCCCUGAUGGCCCUGGGACAAACAUGAAUGGAGUGUGGUACAAAACAGUGGAGAAGUUUAUCCUACCCAAGGGCUUUGAAGGGACGCUUCUCUGGGAGGCCCUGGACCCGGCCGAUCUGACGAUGGCGAACGUCUCGCAGGUGUGCUGGGACACCGGGGGAGGAGUGCUGAAGAUAGCCACCGUUGCAGAUGGCAUAUUGCCACACAGAGACGCACGCGGAUUCCCUGGAUUAGCAGGGGGAUUCACCUUCUCCAUCUACGAUACAGCGGGGCUGUCGGAGAUGCUGCGGGGGCGGCCCGGCCGGAUGACCACCCAGGAGGCCCAGCUGGCACGGGAGGAGGAGCUGCUGGAGCAGGAGAGUCAGCGGCACGGCGACCUGGUUUUUGUGAAUGUGGUGGACACCUAUAGGAACGUCCCAUCCAAGGUCCUGCAGUUCUACAAGUGGUCACUGAGAAAUGCUGACUUCAGGCUGCUUCUGAAGACUGAUGAUGACUGUUACAUCGAUGUGGAUGCUGUGCUGAGGAGAAUCAAGGACCGGCACCUGGGCAGGAGGAACUUCUGGUGGGGAAAUUUCAGGCAGAACUGGCCAGUGGACCGGGUCGGGAAGUGGCAGGAGCUGGAGUACUCUAGCCCAGUGUACCCAGCCUUUGCCUGCGGCUCUGGCUACGUCGUCUCCAGGGACCUCGUAGAAUGGCUGGCUUUCAAUGCAGAGAAGCUCAAGGCUUACCAGGGUGAGGACGUGAGCAUGGGUAUAUGGAUGGCUGCACUUUGUCCGGAGAAGCAUCAGGACUCGGGCUGGCUCUGUGAGCAGGCCUGCUACCUGGAUAUGCUGUCCUCCCCCCAGCACACGGCCGAGGAGCUGCGUCUGCUGUGGCGGCGAAAGCAGGCCUGUGGGGACCCAUGUGGGUGUCCCUGGGACCUAGACUAAGCUGGUGGGGGGGCAUGGCCAGGGCUGGGACCAAGUUCACUCCUGCAGAUUACUUCAUGGUUUCCAGGCUGUCCCUGACAGACAUUGACUGCAUACACACACUACUGGUGCUCAGGUGUUUGUCUAAAUCAGUCUCGACCUGGGGUGCGUUUCCCAAAAGCAUAGUUGCUAACUACGUUAGCAACUUGAGUAGUUUGAACUAUGUAAGUACGAUGCUGGUGCUUGCCAAAACCAUAGUCUGGUUCUUGGGCACCCCUAAGCAAUCCAAGUUUUUGCUUCCUCCCAGCUCCCAACCAAUCAAGAACACCGGAUACCUGAUAUUGGGGUAUUGGCAGCUGGGAGAGAGCUAUAAUGUAGAGUGACGGGGGGGGGGUCGCUGAGGACUGGGAUGAGAAGCACCAGUUGAAGUA